GGGCUUAUUGCGAAACGCGAUUCUUCCACGACGAUGCAGCAGCUGUGGAUGCACAACAGCCAGAUUUGCUGGAAACAGGCAGGCUCCCAGGGGGACAUGUAAUGAAGCACAUGAUGAGGAGAAACUGAGAGCUGGACACAGAAAGGGACUCCUGGGGUGGAGCCAGUCCUGCAGGCCACAUAGACAAACGAGGCCUCCUGCUGCCCAGAGCAGGAGGAGAACAGGCAGGACACAUGGAGCGCAUUGGAGAGAUAUGAUGGAGGAUCAGAUUACAAAAAGCUGGAGGGACUGAGAGUGGAAGACAGAGGGUGCAGAGGGGGAAGAGUGAAGAUCUACAGGAGGAUACUCAGUGCCAGUGAAGAUGUUGGGGAGGGGCCUGUGGUUGUGGAAGGGCAGGUUUGGGAAACGCAGGUGCACUGCUGUGUCUGUGCUCUGUGCUGCAGUGCCGUGUGCAUGUCUGCUGGCCCUGUUGUUUGUGGAUGCCAUAGAGUCCUGGACCAUGUCUCUUGCCAUGAAUAAAGCUGGGGCAGAGCAGGGGGGCGGGGGAACUCACAGCAGCCCCCAAGGCAAACUUGAGGAGUACCCUCUGAUGCCCAGUCCCCUUGUCUGCCAGCGUGCGAACCCCUACCUUCUCACCAUAGUGACCACCGCUCCCGCCAACCUCAAGGCACGUGAGGCUAUCCGGAACACCUGGGGUGGGGAGACUGAGGUCAGGGGUCGAAGGGUCAUGACACUGUUCAUGGUUGGCUUGACUGUUGAUCCUGUACUGUCCAAACAGCUGGUGCAGGAGGCUCAAGAUCAUAGAGACUUGAUCCAGGGCCGCUUCGUGGACACCUACGCGAACCUCACCCUGAAAACCCUGUCUAUGCUGGGCUGGACCCGUCGCUUCUGCCUGCAGACACGCUUCAUUGCCAAAGUGGACGAUGAUGUGCUGUUUAACCCUGGCAUGCUCCUGCGUUACCUGAACAGGAGCCACAGCACAGUGGGUGACCUGUACCUAGGCCGAGUCCAUCUUAAAGUGUUGCCCAACCGCAACCCGGCCAGCAAGCACUACCUCCCAGCUACCGCCUAUGCCCCCGAGGUUUUCCCAGACUACUGCAGUGGAACGGCGUACGUCCUGUCCCUCUCUGCCGCCCUCAAGAUCUCCCAGGCUGCACCCUCCCUGUCCGCACCUGUGCCCCUGCCCCCUGAGGACGUGUUUGUUGGGUUGACCGCUCGGGCCGCCGGUGUCCUUCCGUCCCACUGCCCUCUGUUCUCAGGGGGCCCAGGCAUGCCAUACAGCCGCUGCUGCUACCAGGCCAUGGUAUCCGUGCACCACAUCUCCCCCAGAGAGAUGAUACGCAUUUGGGGAGAGGUGCACAGCCCACCCCCUUGCUCAUGGUUCAGUAUGCGGGUGUCCCUGGGUCUUUGCAAGGUUCGGGCACUGCUGGGUACCAUGCUUGGGGUGGACGAAGGGGUGUAGAGACCAUUGUGGUGGUUAUGAGAUUCAUUGUGCCUCUGUUGAGUAUUAGAAGAUGUACACUAUCCUACCAAAAGUCAGGGUCAGGGACAGGGACAGGGUUAGUUAUGAAUGAAACAUUUCUUUAGUCCAAGAAUGACUUUGAUGACUACUUCAGUACACCGUGGAAGACUGUCUACUAAUUUCUGGUAGAAAUCUGGUGAUAUUUUGCUAUACUUCUCCUUUAAAAUAUUAGUAAGUGCCACUACUGAAAAGGGCCAUCUUGACCUUGUCUUAAUAUUGCACUUCAGUUCAUCCCAAAGGUGUUUAGGCAGGUGGAGGUCAGUAUGUCUGUGCUGUCCACUACAAUAUUCCAGGGUUUUUUCUCAGGAAAAUGAGAAUGCAGUCAGAUGUUGUGUCCCCUGACUUGUGGUAAGAUAAUAUAGUUUACUGAACGAGAGAGGAGAAUCCAUGGCCAUCCCAGCCACAGGACAAUAUGAGCUGAAAAAUCACAAGCACAAUACAAAAAAUUUGAAU